AGGUCACUGUCGUCUGCUUGUCAGAAAAGAAAGUAGCCGGUAAAUACACAGAGUUUCGUAACGACAACUGCAGUUAAUGGCGUUAUGCAGAAAAACAUCAAAAGAGAUUUUGGAUCUUUCCAUGCUUCCAACGUACAGGAGUUGUUAGAACUACCUGAGGAAGAGUACCAGCCUCCAUCUUUCCCAGUUGUUGUACCAAGAUUUACAGAUUGUCAGUUGGAAACUGGACAUUCCUGCCGUUGCAAACAUUUCCUUUUAGAGGAAGACUGUACCUUUAUCAACCAUGGGGCCUUUGGUGGGGUGCUCCGUGAGGCCAUGGACUCUGCUCAGGAGUGGCAGCGGUAUGUUGAGAGACAGCCACUGAGAUUCUAUGACCGGGAACUACUACCACAUCUAGUAUAUGUUACCAGGAGGCUGGCAAAGUUUGUCUGUUGCGACCCAACUGACUUGGUGCUGGUGAUCAACGUUACCACGGCGAUUAAUUCCGUUGUGAGGGGCCUUGACCUACACAAGGGAGACAUCAUCUAUGUACUGAGUGUUACAUAUGGAGCUGUCAAAAAACUGUUACAGUGUGUAUGUGAGAGGACAGGAGCUGUGCUACAGGAGGUCCAACUAAACUUCCCUGUCACUAGUAAAGAACAGGUGAUUACCCUGGUGAAGGAUACCCUACGUCCAGGAGUGAAAUUGGCCUUGUUUGACCACAUACCCAGUAAUGCCCCUGUUAUUCUGCCUUUGAAGGAGAUCAUCAGUAUUUGUAAAGACAGAGGUGUACCAGUCCUGGUAGAUGGAGCCCAUGCGUUGGGUGCUCUCCCCUUGGACAUAAGGGCUCUGGACCCCGAUUACUAUGUCAGCAAUGCCCAUAAGUGGUUUUGCUGUCCCAAGGGGUCUGCAUUCCUGUAUGUGAGAAAGGAACUCAAGUCCCAGACAAGGCCACUUAUUAUCUCCCAUGGUUUUGGCUCUGGUUUUAACUCAGAAUUCAUUUGGGCAGGUCUUCAUGACUACAGUCCCUUUCUGGCCAUGCAUGUGAACAUGAACUUCUGGAAGGAUAUUGGAAAUGAGAAGAUACAGCAGUAUAUGUACGACCUGUGUAGGGAAUCUUGUAAUUUGCUGACAUCACUUUGGAACACUAAACUGGCGGCUCCUAUGGAAAUGUUUGGUUGUAUGGCCCUAGUAGAGCUUCCUCCUCAGUUGUAUUCCUCCGACACAGCCAUAACCUACAGCACGGGAGAGGCCAUUCAGAACCAACUCUACCAUCAAUAUAAUAUAGAGGUUCCUGUCAAAUGUAUUCAAGGCACCCUGUAUGUUCGGAUCUCAUGUCAUAUCUACAAUGAACUAGCCGAAUACGAAAAACUGGGAAAUUGCAUUCUUGAAAUGUGUUCAAUUAAAGAGAAGUCGGGUAUAAAAAGACCAGAGAUCAGUGAUACUCAUCAAUGUUCAGAUGAAUCUAAUGCACAGAUUGUAAGCUAAAAAAGAAGUAAUUGAGUAAAUAAAACUAUUUUUUC